AACACUCGCAUUGUCGUUUGUAAAAGCGACGUAUUCCGAGAAAAACGUACUGAUUUCAAAGCGGUGGUUUGUUUACGGUGCUUUUAGGAGUCUGGAGUUUUGACUGAAGGGGAAACUCGACGUCUCUGGAGGUUUCAAAGCUUCAUGGAUCGCUUGAUUCGGGGUGUGUUCGGUUUGAAGAAAUGGCUGUGAGCAACCGGAGAAGCGCAGUCAGUGAUUAACGAUCUCUAGAGUGGAAACACUGGUUGAACGAUUGACCUUUGACCCUGAAGGCCUGUCGGCCGGGUCAUGCUGAUGGACCAGGACACUCAGUGGCUGUACCAACUCCUGGCAGAGGUCCAGUUGGAAAAGUUCUACCUGCGUGUGAGAGAUGGCCUCAACAUCACCCGCAUUGAGCACUUCUCCUAUGUGAAGGAGUCCGACCUGGAGCAGAUCGGGAUCAGCAAACCCGCACAAAGAAGAUUAUGGCACGCUCUGAAAAACUACAAGACAAAUUCCCGUUGGCCCAAGACGUCCAACAUUCGAAGCCCAGAGGGAGGGGACCAGUGGAGUGGUUCUGCCCAGGAAGCAGGGAGCCGGGCUCUUCCCUCUCUGAUCCAGGACAGUGAGCUGAUCCUGGGGGAGAAGCUGGGCUCGGGGUCCUUUGGGGUGGUGAGGAGAGGAGAGUGGCACACGCCCACGGGGAAAGUGGUGCCCGUUGCUGUGAAGUCUCUGAAGAGCAGGCAGACGGACACGCUGACCGACUUCCUCCAGGAAGUGACCACUAUGCAGUCACUGGACCACCCCAACAUCAUCCGCCUCUAUGGCGUGGUGCUCACGCAGCCCCUCAAGAUGGUGACAGAACUGGCCCCCGUGGGCUCUCUGUACGACACGCUGCGCUCACGCCAGUACGAGUACCCCCUCCUGCGCCUCUGGCUCUUCGCUACCCAGAUCGUAGCGGGCAUGGAUUACCUGGAGACCAGGAGGUACAUCCACAGGGACCUGGCUGCCAGAAAUGUGCUGCUGGCCUCCAGGGAGAUGGUGAAGAUCGGGGACUUUGGGCUGAUGAGAGGCCUGAACCAGGAUGUCUACAUCAUGUCAGCACACAGGCGGAUACCCUUCGCCUGGUGUGCUCCUGAGAGCCUUCGAGUCGGCUCCUUCUCUCACCUCUCGGACGUGUGGAUGUUCGGCGUGACGCUGUGGGAGAUGUUCACCUACUGCGAGGAGCCCUGGUUCGGUCUGUCGGGCCGACAGAUCCUGUGGCGCGUGGAGCAGGAGGGCGUGCGUCUGCCGAGGCCUCCGGAUUGCCCCCAGGAGCUGUACGCGGUCAUGAGGAAAUGCUGGGCCUGCAACCCCGCCGACAGACCCAGCUUCGCCCAGCUCGUCGCCAUAGUGACCGAGGCAAAACCGAUGGAGGUCCAGGCAACAAGGGACUUUGCAGAGCCCAGAAAGGUGGCGCUGGCGCCCAGCGACCUGAUCACCGUCAUAGACCACGGGUUGGAGAUGAGCGAGUGGAAAGGCCAGAACCAGAGGACGCUGGCCGUGGGCUGGUUUCCUGCCAGUCUGUCGGUGCCCUUCUUUCCUCCUCCUCCUCCUGCUGCUGCUGCUAGCGCUGGGCCCAACCCCGCUUCCAGCACCAGCUUCAUCUCAACCCCGGUGAAGGACACGCUGCAGCACACGGGACACGGAGACGUCAAGGCCGAGCGCUGCUGGGGAACGCCAGAGAGCGUGGACAGCAGCACCUGGAGGGCGGCAGCCACCAGAACGAAGGAGACCUCCAAUCUGAAGAAGAUGGCAGGUUUAUCUCAGAGCCUGGAGUCCGUCUUGAGCUCCCCCCGGCCUCGUUCUAACACGGAGGUGCUGGUCAGAGCCGAUCAGCAGGGCCGACUCCUGCCCGCUGUCAUGGCAGCUCGCAGCGCGGGGCUGCACCAGGACCCCCGGCGGUUCAGCGAGGCCAGCAACCCCCCCCCCCGGCCCCCGCCGCCCAACCUGAAACGUCUGAACCUGAAGGCUCAGAGGAAGCCGGUCGUCCACCCCGCUCCAGGCCCCUCGUGGGCCUCCCAGGGGCUCCUGUCUCCUCCAGCGCAGUCGCAGCAGCCUCCGCAGGGCUACGGAGGCUCCAACCUGGCUAAGAUGGCCAACCUGGCUCGCUCCACGCCGCAGCUGGACGAGUGCUCGGACAGCAGAGACAGGGAACGGGUCCGAGAGCGGGACAAGUCGGCGUACGCGCAGAACCCCAAAGACAGUCUGGUGGCGCAGGUGAUGGAGGCAGUUCACGGGGUCACCACCGAAGAGGCCCAGACCGCACUCCAGCGCAGCGAAUGGAACCCAGUACGGGCCGAGCAACAGCUGAAGUUAGAGCAGCUGUACUCGCUGAGCCUCUGCUCCAAGGAGGACUGUGUGAAGAUCCUCUCCCGGUACCAGUGGAACCUGCAGGUGGCCAGCCGCUACCUGAUCCGCUGGUCCCGGGACGAGAGGUUGGGCCAAGUGGACAGAGAGCGGCCUCAGAUCAGCGCAGAGAGGCGCGUGUGACGCGUGUGACGCGACCGGUGGAUUGUCGAGCCUUUGUUGACUUUCUCAGCAACAGCGUGCUUCACAGUGACACUGCGGCACAGGAAGCUGCUCUUCGACCACGGUGGAGUGGGAACACGCUCGGGAGGUCCGGUGCAUAUGGAAUCAGGAAGUUUUUUUAAAUACAAGAAAUUUUCGCCAGAUUUUUUUUACUUUUAUAUUUGUAGUUAAAUAGUUGACCCUAUUGUAUUUUUGCAAAUAGCUGUUGUAUCUGAAUGAAGGUGUGUAUAUAAAUAUUGACUAUAUAAGGAAUUAUUAAAAUCUGAUAUAAACA